CAGCACCCUAUCUCAUCAUCACAGAUACAUUCACAGAUAGUGCAUAUUUCCUUUCCCUCAAAAAGGAAAAAAGAUUGUACAUAUUCCCUCACUUUUGUAAGCCUUAGCGAUGGAGUACUCGCCGAAGCUGGCAGUAGUACUGCUCUUAGCUCUCGCGUCCGCCAUGGCGGUCGCGGCCCAGAACUCGCCGCAGGACUUCGUGGACCCCCACAACGCGGCGCGCGCCGACGUCGGCGUCGGGCCGGUGACCUGGGACGACAACGUGGCGGCGUACGCGCAGAACUACGCGGAGCAGCGCCGCGGCGACUGCCAGCUGAUACAUACUCCCGAUGGCCGGCCGUACGGGGAGAACCUCUUCGGAGGCAGCGGGACCCAGUGGACGGCGGCGGACGCCGUGAACUCGUGGGUGUCGGAGAAGCAGUACUACGACCACGGCAGCAACAGCUGCUCGGCCCCGGAGGGCGACUCGUGCGGGCACUACACGCAGGUGGUGUGGCGUGACUCGACGGCCAUCGGCUGCGCCCGCGUCGUCUGCGACAGCAGCGACGACGUGUUCAUCAUCUGCAGCUACAACCCGCCGGGCAACUACGUGGGGCAGAGCCCAUACUAGGGUAUGCAUGCAUGCGUGCAUGUACGUAGCAGCGCGUAUAUUGCAUAAAGAAUAAAGUUGAGAUCACAGUCGUGAUAAGACGUGUGACUAUAGCAGGAGAGAUUCAAGGUAUGUGUUGCGAUUCAUGGAAGUUGUAUUAUAGGUGCUUGCUAUGCAGUGCUUAUGAAUGAAAAUAAAGUUUUAUUA